AAGUAUUUAUGUAACAUUCUUACUAAUGGAAUGUACAUAACUCUAAUCUGUACCCAAUGAUAUAUUCAAUUAGUUGGAGAAAGUAGAAACUCCAUCUGGCUUCAACUUUGCUUUUUUUUCUAUAGAAGAGAAUAAAUGCAUUAUGCCUCCUCAAGUCGAAAGCCUUUCUAGCGCAGAUGCAGCUGCGGUUGAAUCAACCUGCCGAGAGCAUAAGCUAACCAAACAAGAAUUCACCGAACUGCAUACCCGAGCCGUCGCCGCUAAGUCAGCCGCUUAUUGCCCAUACAGCCAAUUCCGGGUUGGAUCGUCUGUCAUUUCUGUCGACGGUGUCUAUUUCAACGGGGCCAACGUCGAGAAUGCUUCGUAUCCGGUCGGUACCUGCGCCGAACGUGUGGCUUUAGGUAAAGCUGUGACGGAGGGGCACCGGAAGAUCAAGGCUAUAGCCGUAGCUACUGAUAUCACUCCCCCAGCUAGUCCUUGCGGCAUGUGUCGUCAAUUUAUUCGUGAAUUCUGCGACCUUAAGGCGCCGAUUAUCAUGUUCGACAAACACGACAACUAUAUCGCAUUACCUAUCGGAGAGCUGUUACCUUUGUCCUUUGGACCUGAAGCAUUACCUCCGCCUGGUCUUCGCCCUGUUUGAGAGGAUGCAUCACGGAAACUUUAGUCGAUAGGUAUGCAUGUUUAUGCUGGGGUCUGGUGUUUAGUGUGAGUGUUUAGUUGCAGUCUCGAUAGAUAUGUUUCAAUAGAGUUUAGCUCGUUGGGACUCGCGUCUCUAAGGAUCCUUUCCAAUGUUCGAAUCAGUUAGUUAGUAAAAUACAGGGGAUGAGGUAGAGAAUUAUAAGAGAUCCAAUAGACAACGUCCUUAGGGUAAUUUGUUUAUACGUGCGGCUAUAGCCAAGUCUUUCUCC